AUGGGGAACUCCUUCUACUGGCUCUGGUUCAGCACCGGUUUACGGCCGGUCCAGGAUCUGCUGGUGAGCCUGGUAUGUUUGUCCAGUGAUGAGGAUGAAGACCUUCACCGGCUUCAUCGCUGGAGCAGAAGGUUGUGCUUGAGCUGUGAUGUCAAUGUCUUCAAUUUAAAAAAAAAAAAAAAAAAAAAAAAGAAAAUUAAAGUGAAAAUGACUCAACUCAGGAUCAUGGUGUUUGGGAAAAAAGAAGACAAAAAACAAUGGUGUGACAAACUGUUUAAUCAAAAGACAGAAAUAAAAGCACUGUUUUCUAAAAGUCAUCACAUGACUGGAAACUGGAAUGGAAAACAGUUCAUAGUUGUAAAGGCUCCAGAUGUUUACAGUCUGUCUGAAGAUAAAAUAAAAGAAGAGAUAAAAAGCCGUAUAACCCUGUGUCCUCCAGGACCACAUGUUCUGCUGCUGAUAGUGAAUCCUUCAGAAUUUAAUGAGAAGAAUGAAUGCACCCUGAAGUUCAUCUUACAAAUGUUUGACCCAGACGCCCAAAAACACUCAGUGGUUGUCCUCACACAUGAUGGGAAAAGAAAUAAAUAUGUGGAUAGUCUUCUUGAUGUUUGUGAAGGACGAUACAUCAACAUGCUCAAUACAAAAUAUGAAGACUUCAUGAAGACAGUUGAGCAGUUAGUGUAUAAACACAGAGGCGCUUUCCUCAGAUUAAAGGAACCAAUGUCCAUGAACCUGGUCCUCUGUGGGAAAGAAGAGGGAAUUAAAACUUCCAUCAUGAAGGCCAUUUUAGGCCAAAAGAUGCAUAAUGUGCCCCUCAGCCCUGAGCAGUGUGUUAAAUAUGAGGGAGAGGUGUGUGGAAACAGACUGUCUGUGGUGGAGCUGCUGGCUCUGUCUGGAAGAUCUGUGGAGGUGAUGCUGCAGCAGGGCCUCCGCUGUGUCUCCCUGUGUGCUCCUGAGGGAGUCCACGCCUUCAUCCUGGUUCUGUCUGAGAAUUCCACACCUGAUGAAGACAAGGCGGAGCUACAGAACAUCCUGUCAGAGGUCGAAAAAGAAAGACAACAGAGACAGAAAGAACUCAAUGAAAAAGAAGAGAGGAUUAAAGAAGAACGAGAACAACGAGAAAGAGAAAAAAAAGAGAGAGAAGAACAAGACAGACAGAAGAAAGCACAAGAGGCUUCACUGUACCAGGAAUGGGAACAAAAACAAAAAGCCCUGGAAGAUAAAAUAAGAUCAGAGGAGCAAUCCAAAGAAACGAUAGACAAAAAACUACAGGAAAGCAGAAAACAGAUGGAAGAACAACAGAAGAAGUGGGAACAAGAAAGGAGAAUUUGGUGGGAAAAUCGUAGAAAGGAAGAGGAGCAGAAACUGCAAGAAGAAGAACAAAAACUGAAACAACUUCAAGAGGAAUAUGAAGAAAAACGUGAAAAAGACCGAAUUAAACAAAUUGAAGAAGAUCAGAAGAGGAAACUACAAGAAGAAAUGGAGAGAAAGAAAUUAGAAGAAAAACACCAACAGCAAAUUGAGGAAAUGAAAGGAAAAUAUGAAGCAGAGGUCAGAAAAAAAGCUGAAGAAUUCAAUGAUUUUAAAGAGAAACGUCAGAAGGAAUUCCAGGCUUUGAAGCAGAAACAUGUGGAAGAGCUUAACGUCUUAAAGGCGAUGUCUGCUGAAAGGGAGAGAGCAAAAAUGAAAGAACAUUUAAAUGAUAUUAAGCAGUUGUUACGCUGUGUUUCCAAAAACAGAAAAAAUAUAAAGAUAAUCAUGGAAUUACUAACUAAACAGGAAACAGAAAUGAAUCAAGCUACAAAUGCAGAAGAAGACCAACUGCAGCGAAAACAUGAGAAAGAAUUACAAGACAAACUAGAGGCUCUGCUAAAUGAGUCCAUCUGUUUUAUUUUAUAGUUAUGGUGAAUCUGUUGCAUAAAAAGACCCUGUAAAACUGUCUUGAGUGUAAGAAAAAGAUUUUAUCUUCAAUUUUCCUUUUGUGUUUUAUAAUCAUCGAUGUCACUGUGCUGUACAAUUAAUCUUUAAUAG